GUUCCCACCCCACUUCUGAGCACUCACUUUUGUAAACAGGAGAUUAACAGAACCUUUGAGGAUUCUUAUUUCCUUUGGAAAAGUAAACAAGUCUCAAAAACAUGUUCCUUCGAGAAACAGUCCUUCAGCUCGGCACACUGUAGCAGGGUGUUACCACACCCUGGCCUGACUCACAGCUGGAGGAGCCUACUUAAAUCUUUCUGGUGACAUUUUUAGGGUGUGGAAAAUUUCCCUAGCACAGAAUUGUUGAUAACUGUUUGAGCAUCAAAAAUGCUCAAAACAGGGAAUUUUUCAGGAGCAUGUCUGUCUUCCCAUUGAAUGGUUGCUCGUAGCAGUGCGAGGGAGAGUUGGGACUGUGCCGGCAGGUGUUGGGUGAGGCGAGGGAACAGCUGGAACAGGUGGGACACGCUGGCACGUGUGCGGAUGUGGGCAGGGCAGACUGUACUUCUUAGGCAAGUGGACUGGAUUACUUUGUGUGUCCCAGCUAAGAUUUCUAUCCGUGCCUAAUUCUGUUGUUUGAUCUGCAGGUUUGUUUGGAAUUACAAACAUUGUUUGAUUUAAUCUGACCAAAAAAAUUAGGAAAUAAAAAAAAAAAAAAAAAAAAGACUUGUAGGAGGCAAAAUCCAUCUCUUUUUUUGUUUGUUUUUUAACAAAGGGAAUGUUUUAAAUACAAAGUAGAAGUAUCAAACGGAAACCCUCUGCAAUUCACAUAGUAGACGUAAUGGGAAACAUUCUAGAGUUUGGGCAGGAAAAGCACCGUAUCUUUAUAUCUGCGCCCUAGAAAAGGUGUCCUGUUACGGCGUAAGUAACACCAGUAAGCGCUGCUGCCAGAAGUGAGCGCCUUCUGACUUCCCGACUCCUGCUCGCAUGCGCUCAGUGCCCGGCAGUGAUUGCGUGGCUGCCGGAGUGACCUUUCACACAGCCCUCUCCAGGGCAGGCUUAACCCUUGGAAUGCGCACCGCUCUUCCUCACGCUCCCCCUAAGCACAAGACAAGAAGCAGGACCGCACUCUGACGCCAGACUCCCUCUGCAGCUGAGCUCAUUUAGCACCAAAUCGCAUCCUGUGUUCACAGAGUAAGUGCUCAGAGCACUGCAGGAGCUGGGAGGUUCCAGCCAUGCUCCCUUCCCAGGCUCUCCUGCCUGCUGUGGUGCUUGCACUCACAGCCCUUCAGGCCCUUGCCUCCGACACCUUCAUCGCAGCCGUCUACGAGCAUGCCGUCAUCCUGCCUGAUCCCACCGAGGAGCCUAUUUCCCCCGAUGAUGCUUUGGCCCUGAUGAACAAAAACAUGGAUGUCUUGGAAAGGGCCAUCAAGGAAGCUGCCCAGAAGGGUGCCCACAUCAUUGUGACUCCUGAAGAUGGCAUCUACGGCUGGCGAUUCACAAGAGAAUCCAUCUACCCUUACCUGGAGGAUAUCCCUGAUCCGGUGGUGAAUUGGAUUCCCUGCACUGACCCCUCAAGAUUUGGUCCAGCACCAGUGCAGGAACGACUCAGCUGCAUGGCCAGAAAUAACUCCAUCUAUGUGGUUGCAAAUAUUGGGGACAAGAAGCCCUGUAACUCCAGUGAUCCCAAAUGCCCCAGUGAUGGUCGCUACCACUACAAUACAGAUGUUGUCUUUGACCCACAGGGGAAACUGGUGGCUCGUUACCACAAGUAUAAUCUUUUUAUGGGAGAAAGUCAGUUUAAUUACCCAAAAGAACCAGAAGCUGUCACCUUUGAGACUCCUUUUGGGAAGUUUGGCAUUUUCACUUGCUUUGACAUCCUCUUCUAUGAGCCUGCUGUGGUCCUGGUGAGCAAGAUGCAGGUGGACACUGUGCUCUUCCCAACAGCUUGGAUGAAUGUCCUGCCUUUUCUGACUGCAGUUGAGUUUCACUCUUCCUGGGCUAUGGGCAUGCGUGUCAAUGUCUUAGCUGCCAAUACUCACAACACUAGCAUGGCAAUGACAGGGAGCGGCAUUUAUGCACCAGCUGGAGCCAGAGCAUACUCCUACAACAUGAAAACUGAAGACGGUCACCUCCUCAUUGCCGAACUGGAUGCACACCCUCGUCUUUCUCCUGCCUCCCCGCCUGCUGUCAGCUGGAACUCAUAUGCUUUGAGUGUUGAAAGAUUCUCACAGAAUGACCAUGAAUUCACUGGAAUCAUCUUUGAAGACCCCUUUACUUUCACUGAGCUCACUAAGCCUGGGGGGAAUCUCACUCUCUGCCAAAAAGACCUCUGCUGUCACUUGAGCUACAAGAUGGCAGAGAAAAGAGAUGAUGAAGUUUAUGUGCUGGGUGCUUUUGAUGGCCUUCAUGUUGUUGAAGGACAGUACUAUCUGCAGAUCUGCACACUGCUCAAGUGCCCAAGCACAAACCUGAGCACGUGUGGGCAGCCCGUGGAGAUGGCUCAGACCAAGUUUGAGAUGUUCUCCCUCAGCGGCACGUUUGGCACCAGCUACGUCUUCCCAGAAGUGCUGUACAGUGGGGUGCAGCUGGCCCCUGGGGAGUUCGAGGUGCUAACUGAUGGACGUCUGAGAAGUCGGGCUCCUACAUCAAAGCCAGUUUUGAGUGUAACACUCUUUGGGAGGUGGUACGAAAAGGACCUUCCACACACACAUCAAGCUUCACCAUGAUUUCACUGCAGAUCCUUUAAGACUUCAUCUGCUUGUUUCUGUAAUGCUAAUUAAUCACAAAUAAUGGUAAUUAUUACUAACAAUGGUAAUUAAUACUAAUAUUCAUAUUAUAAUGGCAUUCUAUUUCUCAAGUUGCCUUAUCUAACAGCAUAGUCACUGCACAUUGAUUUAUUGACUUGAUUCUGCAGCAAAAAGAAAUAUUCCACUGGACUCUUGUGUAUGUGUUUUUAUAUGAUAGCUUUGGUCAGCAUAAGCUUGGCCUUAACACUGGGAACCAUAGAAAAUAAAUUCCUCUGACUUUA